CUUGGCUCCUCGUCUUCGUCUCUAAAUGCUCUCUGUAUCAGUACUGUUGCCUCGACUGGCCGUGAAGAAUCGCUGUCCAGUUCAUUCCGCGUCGUUCCAAUUAUCAGUUGGCUGAACUUAGCUAUAAACCGUAGCUAACCUGAAGUGUUCUAAUGGACGAGGAGCAUCAUCAGAAGAGUGAUUCUAGUAUCGUUUUGAGGACUACAGUCCCAUUCAUUGAGAUUGAAUCUUUAUUUAUAGACCUUUCCAGUUGUAUUGAUAAACCUGGUGCUGGAAAUUGUGAUCAUUUCUCCAUACGUGGAUAUGCAUCUCAAAUGCGUGAGAAAGAUUGGAAAAAAGGCUGGCCAUUUGAUUUAGAUGGUGACUAUGAGUCUGAGGAGACACUAUCCUUGCUUCCACCUUUUCAUAUUCCGCAAUUCAGGUGGUGGCGAUGUCAAAAUUGCAGGAAGGAGACUCCUGCAGGUUUUGAGCAAUCUUCGAGUCUCAGUAUGCUUGAUGCAAGAAAGGAAGUGGCUAAUACAUCUAUGAACAAUAAUCCUCCACCUUUCAGUGCAGAGAGAGAAAAGAAAGCUGAAGGAGAUGGGGUUGACUCUAGAUGGAUCUUGAAUUCAGAAAUUCCCAUAGCAACUAGUGUCGUGCCAGAAGUAGAGUCGAGUCUUAUAUCAAAACAAAAUAAAAGUGAUCCAGUAAUUCUUAAUUCGGAGCAUAGAGAUUCUGCUGAGAACUGCAAGCUAACCUGUGGAAAUGAAGUUGCUGAUGUUGAGCUUGGUCUUCAACAUCUCAAAGUGCUUGAUGAAAAUCCGGAAGUCUUUGAUGAUAAAAAAAAAAUUUCUGCUCAUAAUGAUCAAACUGAGAUAACUAUUUCAUCAUCAGGAGUUGAGGUGAUUGAUCGGUCAUGUAAUGGCAAGAGUGAUCCUUCAGAACUUGAUGAGAGUAACGCUACAGCAUCUGAACAUACUGAAAUUUCAGCAGAAAAUGAUACACAAGGUCAUCAUACAGAUAAGACAGGCAGUUUGCAUCGCCGAAAGGCUCGUAAGGUGCGCUUGCUGACUGAGUUGCUGUAUGAAAAUGCAAAUGUAAAGACUAAUCACAUUGGUACGGAUGAGUCCCCAUCCCAUGGGACUUUAGAAAAAUCUGAAGGGUUAAAAGAGCUUUCUGCUACCCAAUGUCCAGUGGCUACCAGAAAGAAUAUCAGGUGUUUAGGUCAGAAUUUGAAAAGUAAGCUGCCUCUGGAUGAAGUUUGUCUUGCUGCAGAGACUUGUUCAUACAACGUGGAUACCAAGAUUCAGGCAUUGAAGAGAAAUGUGGAAACAACAGAUUCGUUUCAUUCUAAUGAAUCUGAAAAUGCAUUAAUUGGAACUGCAUUACAACCUAAGAAGAGUCUCUUGAACAAGUGUAGGAAUGACAUUAAAUCUAUUAAUGGUAAGAAGAAAAAUAAAAAGAUCCAACUUGAUGCCUGCUCUUCUUUUAAUCUUCCUCCAGGAAAUGGUGACAAUAUGCCUGAGAUUUCUUUCAAACGCAACGAAUUUUCUGGCAGUGCAGUGGAUCCCUUUCUUUUAUUUGGUUCAAGAAUUGAGCCAAUUUCUAGUUUGUCUAAGAGGAAAAGCAAGAUGCCUAUAAUUGAUGACAGGCAGGGUUUUACUUGGAGCAAUGGUAUGCGAAGAAGAGAUUUAACCUUAAAAGAAGUGGAAGUCAGGAACAAUGAGCCUGUGGUUGUUUCUCGUCCAUUAGUAUCGGAUGAAUCUAGUAGAGGCUUGCAUCUUUCCCUCACUAACUAUUCAGGCACUGCAAGAAAUGACAAAAAGUUUAUUUUCGAGGCUCAGGAUGGCUCACGUUCCUUGUUGUCUUGGCAAGGAAGUAUAUCCACAGAAAACGUUGUUAGGAACAAAGAUGCUAAAUCCAAGAAGCAUAAAGGCUCAAAUGUUCCUUUUAAUUAUUCAGAUACUUUUUCUGAGCAAGGAGGGCAUUAUGGAGUCGAUAGUAAGAAAACCUCGGGUAGAAUGCAGUUCCCAAAUGGGAAGCAAAACUCAAAUUCUCAAGUUGAUGACGAUAGCUGGUCUCAGUUGCGGGCAAUGGAUAAUUAUGGGGUAAACAAAGCUGAAAAGAAUAUUACAGUUGAGGAGCACUUGGCAGCCCAGAUGAAACAGAGUGAGCAUACUGUUGGUAAGAUAUCUGAGCAAAGGGCUAUAGAUGACAUUCCAAUGGAAAUUGUUGAGCUCAUGGCUAAAAAUCAGUAUGAAAGGUGCCUUGGUAAUACUGUAAAUAGUAAAUCCCUAUCGAAGACAAGUUCAAAGAAAGCUCAAAUUAUGAAUUUCAGUAAUGCAUGUGGCAAAAGUGGCUCAUUGCAGGAGAAAAACAGUCACAAGUGGAAACCCCAGGUUAGGAAUGGGAGAAAUAACUUGCAUACGGCAAGAGAUAAUGUGGGAUACGUCAAGCAAAGUUCAGGUAGUUACUUUUCUCACACCGAGAGGGGGCAUUUUAAUAUAGACCAGCUUCGUCAGACUCUUAUCCCUCCAGAAUAUACCACAUUUGGACAUUCUCAAAAUAAGUCAUCAAGUACUGUCAAAUUUUUGGCAAGCAGUACUGGUGAGACUGCACGUUCUCAAUAUAGCCAAUAUACUGGAGGUCUGGGAGAUCAGAAGUCCUCUCAUUCCAGAUUGCAGUCGUUCAGUGGAUAUAACGCACAUCAGCCUGUUUCACAAAACAAUGUAGACGUAGCUCAUCUAUGGACAGAAGCCCUGCCAAAUCACCAUCCAUACGUACCGAACACUCCUAAAAAGGUUGCUUCUCAGUCGACUAUUGUAAAUGCUAAUACGAACUAUCCUGAAUCAAGUAGCAAAGGGACAAUGAAUCGAGAGCAUAAUCUAAAAUUUUUUCAUCCAAAAGUUACCAACCUUGAAAAAGAUGAUGGUAAUUAUGGCUUGGAAAAUUCCAGGACCAGUGCGAAGCACCCAUUUCCUUGCCAUUCUAAUGGCAUUGAGCUUCCCCGGGGGUCAUUGGAUUUGUAUUCUAAUGAAACCAUGUCAGCAAUGCAUUUACUUAGCCUUAUGGAUGCAGGAAUGCAGCGCACUGAAACUCAUGACAACCCAACAUUUCCCAAGAGACCUUUUUCCCAUGAUCUAAAAGCUAAGGACACUUCUAGGAUGGAUAUUGGUUUGCACAAGGCCUUUGAUACAAUAAAUUGUUCAUCUGAUUAUUAUGGUGAAAUCCACCCGUCAACAAAGUCUCACAAUUGUUUCCCUCCUGCUUCAGUGGGCGGUGCAUCAGUUUCUCCUUCCAUAGGAAAUGAAAGUUGUGAAAUAGUUUCUGAUUUAACAGAUAAAGUUGCAUUGCAGUGUAAACAGAAAGAGAUUACUAAGUGCUCCACUUCAACAUGGAACAGAGUUCCAAAAUCACAGACGAGUGUAUUUACAAGUGGUAGUCUAGGCACCAAUGAAGGAAUUUUUCCCAUUCAUAGCUUGCAAAGGAAAUCUGGAGGGCCUUCUAGUUCUUUAGUGUCUAUGUCUGGAUACCACAGAGUGGAAAAUCCUGGUCAGUGUAUAAUAGAGCGCCAUGGUACUAAAAGAAUGAUGGAGCAUUCGAAAGUCAGUUCUGAGUUUGGAAUCUGCAGCAUCAAUAAAAAUCCUGCUGAAUUUAGCGUACCAGAAGCAGGAAAUGUAUACAUGAUAGGGGCUGAAGAUCUACAUUUUUCAAAAGAGAUUUCUCCUAAAAAAAUAUCUAGCUUGAAUAAUAUGGAUGGACGCAAACGCAAGAGGAAUGUGAAGCAUACUGUUGUACAACCGCAUGCAUUACGCUAUAGUAUGUGAGAUCAUCGCCAUGAACAUCACGCUGCAGGAUUUUAACUUUUAAAUGGUUCCUCCUUUUCAUUAUUUGGGAACUUGAAAUGUCUUCCGGUUAAAAUAAUGGUAGAAAAUGUAGAAAAUAUCAGAUAUAUGCGCUGCUGUUGCACCAAAGGAUAUAUAUAUGGUUUGGGUAACUUCCCUUCAUUAUUUUCUCUCUUUCUGGCACUCUCCAACAAAGACUAGCUGCGAAUGUGGCAUCUUUGGUAUAAGCUAUUAGACCUGUACAUAAAAAGUACAUGAAUCUUGGGAUUCAUCAGUACAUUCAUUGUAUAUCCAAAUUUUGGUUUGAUUGAUGUUGUGCGUUGUUAUACUUCACAAGGUUCUGUAUAUACACUGAGUUCCACUCUUUGGUUAUCGGAAGAGGGUAAGUUAUGUACUUCUAUGCACUGAUGCGGUAGCAGUGUGAGAAGGAAUAACAGAGAAUCAGCUUGAUAUUUCUCUUUAGAAGGUAUUUACAAAAUCCGAGGGCUCAUUGUUAGAUUGUUCGUGUUUGGAACUCUAAUAUUUGUAUCUGAUGUUGUGGGAGUGAUCUUGAAAUAAAAAAAAAAGAAAAAGAAGAAAAAAACUGCUUGUUCUCUUUAUAGAAGAUCCGUGGAAAACAGUGUUUGUUUAUUGUC